AGUUUCGUCGAAGGUCACACCGUAUGGUGCACUGUGUGUUGUGAUGUUGAUAGAGACGAAGAGGUAACGGCCUGGUACAAGGUUAGUUCACCACCUAAUUCAGUAAAUGAGGAGUUUCUCACUGCAAAAAACAUAAAUAUCAUUUUACCGAAAGGUUGCUACCCUUGUGUCAAAAAACGUUUACUGGUUAAGAAGAAGAACGAGUUAUUUAGCGUGGAAACAAAACACAAGUACGUAGCUCUUUCUGAGAAGAAGGAAAAAGUAGCUGUUAAGAACAGAGUACGAUCCCUUUCAACAAGCGACUCAUCUACACACACUUCUCUGCAUACCGAGGACUGCCGUACAAGUACGUCACAGGAAAGACCGAACUUGGACUUGACAUUAGACAAGAAUGGGUGUGAAGAAAGUCCAGCAUUAUUACCAUUUUUACAACCUACUCUAUCACAUGGUGGUCAAAUUCUUUAUCUACCAUUUGUCGCCUCUCGGGUAUCGAAUAUUACUAAGGAGCAGGAUAUGAGUAGAGAAUCUGCCCAUCUUGUUAAUAAACAUGGUGGUUACCGUUGUGUUCCAUGUGGAAUAAUGUUUAGCAGCGAAAAGACGCUUCAUGCUCAUCAAACGUUCUAUUGUUCUCAUCGUCAAGAAACUAAAGACGACAUCUCGUUCCCAGUACAGAAUAUUAAUCAGGAGGAACCUGUAGUUGAACUUUCAGUAAACAAUUUUGAGCCUAAGCCUAAACAGGAGGAAGCCAGGGAAGAAAACUGCAGCAAACACAAUAUAUUUCAAGUCGAUAUAACUAGUAACGAUUUAAAAUUAGAUGCGCAUGGGGAAUCAGAGAACAAAAUGAUUACAUCAAAGUUUGAAAAAUUUAGAUGCUCAUAUUGCUUUUAUGCAUCAGACAAAAAGAGUGGGUUAACAAGACACAUGCGUAUCCACGAGACUCCUAUCUCUUAUACUUCUGAAACAUCUCCUCCACCUUCCAGGUAUUGUUCAUUGUGUCAUAUUCAGUUUUGUUCUAUGAAUACAUUUCAAGCACACAAAAAACAUUACUGCAAUAACAGGAAAGUCCAAGUAGCAUCAUCAACAUGCAAAAGUUCUGUAGAACCACAACUCGUGGAGUCUCAAAACUUCAAUGUACAGGACUCGGAAGAAUCCGAGUUACAGCGAAUUCCCACCCUAGAGGCAAAGGAACCGUUAAUUAAUAGUUGUUUCCAUGCCACUUCUACUAACCCUCUUAUUGCAAUGCCUUAUCUGCCACCAGUUGUUGUGAAAUCGAUAAGUUCAAAUGUUCUAUUACCAUCAGCGACAGUAAAGCUUAAUGGUUCAUUACUAUCAGAGAGUGAACCAACGUGUUACAGUUCUUUAAGAAACACCUUGCCUCUAAAAGUAGGAAUACCAUGUGAUAAUCUACCCUGUGUUCAGAGUUCAAAGAUAUUAGCAGAAGAUGACUGUCCAGAAGAAAAACCUUCAACGAACAAUUGUGGUGAGGUUUUAAAGAAAACACAAAAGGAAGAGAUCUUGGAGACACAGUCGUCAGGUGUUUUAGGCUUAGAUAAAUGUUCGGAACAAAAAGCACCAGAAAAGAAAACACACGAAAAAGAGAUCCUGGAGACGCAGUCGUCAGGUGUUUUAGGCCUAGAUAAAUGUUCGGAACAAAAAGCACCAGAAUUUCCAAUCGAUCUAACCGUUGGGAAAGAUAUUAAUAAUGCAAAUGUUUUCAUAUCAUUAAACGAACAUAGCCACUCGUCAUCUGAUGAUAACAUGACAGUUUUAUGUAAGUCUGAAUGCCAUAAAAACAUCGAACCACACCAACCUUAUACGACUAUGAAAACGGAGCUUUCGAGUGCCAUAAGUUGUGGAUUGCUUCCUUCACGUUUGCAAAUGUCUUGUCACAAACCAGCUUUAGUCAAUUCUAGUAAUCCAUUCUCUGACGUACCUAGCAGUUCAACAAACUCCCAAGCUCUAGUCAAACAAGGAAGCAGUCAAUGCAAAGAGUGUAAUAUUGUUUUUUAUAAGUAUGAAAAUUACAUGAUACAUAAGAAAAAUUAUUGUUCAUCACGUCAGCAAAAAACAAAGCAUAACACAGUUACUCCAUCUAAAACAAAGCAUAACACAAUUACUCCAACCGCUACAAGUUCUACAAUAAUAGACACAGAGUUACAGCAAGAUGGGACUUGUGAUUUAGAAAUAGAUUCAAGUAAAAUAACAGCAGCGAACAAAACUUUGGAAACUUUGCCUAGUCAGCCUAUAGAAAGACAGUAUUUUCAGUUCUUUUGUUUAGCCUGUGGUGUGAAGUUCACUUCUUUAAAAAAUUUGAAGGCCCAUCAAACAUACUACUGUUCAAAACCAAGUGAAAUGGCUGGACUAACAUCAGAACCAACACCACAAGGUCUUAUGUGCAAUCGGUGUAGAAUGUGUUAUACCUCCGAAGAGGUGUUUAGGUCUCAUCCAUGUUUUAUACGAAUACAAAACUUUAUAUUUAGUCCAUUCGAUGCUUUAUCUAUGCUGAGUCCUACUACAGCUGAUCCUAAUAUGUUUAAUGAAACUUCCAGUAGUUUUAAGUGUAUGUUUUGUGGAUACAUAGGUCAUACAAUACGUGGAAUGCGAACGCAUGUCCGUGCCCAUUUGGAAAGUAAUGCAUCGCCUUCAGAAAAUGUGAGUACCAAGAAUAGGCCUCAAAAUCAUGAAUCCCAAACACAUUUAACUACUACUACGAACGUUACUCAUUCUGAUGAAAAGAAGAAAAGGUCUGCCUCCGAAUCAACUCGCCUAUCAAAGAAUGAAGACAAAAAUAUUUCACGAGAAAGACGUCAGCAAAAGGACACCAGUCCAAUUAAUUUAGCUGAAAGUACUCCAACAUCAUCUAAGUAUAAUGACAAUAAUUGUAAACAUAAUUUCUGUUUAUUUGAAAGCAUGGACGCUAGGAAUAGAUGUCCUUCAGAAGGAGUUCACAAUACUAGCUCUGAGAGGGAGUGCCCUAUAUUAGAAAUUGAAAGGAGGUCCUCCGAAAAUUCGCCAGUUCACCAGAUCCAAAGUGAAACUCGGGUUUCUUUUAAAAUGAGAGAUGAUACAAAUGAAAAUGUUAAAACUGAAGAAUCCUCAGUUUUGGCCCCCAGUUUGGUACAAGACGCAAGUACCACUAGAGGGGUUUUAAGACUUUCUAAAGACAAAGAAAUGGUUGCGAGAUCUUCUUCAGAUGACGAACCAAAUGAUGUUCAACAUCAAUUUUUGAACGAACAAGUGCAUUGGUGUAUGUUGUGCCCGUAUUAUUCUAAAUACAAAGGAAAUGUUGUCCGCCAUAUUCAAAAUACACACAAAGAUCUCGUAAAUCCACAUAAUACAACGAUGUUUCUGUUAAGCAGUUCAACAUUUCUCCAAGAUACAAAUAUGGCUUCUUCUUCUUCUUCUAAUGAUAAUGACCCUUCCAAUUUUUUAAAAGAAAGUAAUUCCCAGAUUGAAAGCUACAUCAAUCGCAAAGAGAAAAAACGAGAUUUGGAUCUCGAUGAGCAUCUCGUCGAGGAAGUACAACAGAAUAACAGAUGUAAAAGAAAAGUUUCCAACGCAAACCGAUUAACAAGAAAAAAUCAAGGCCCAAAAUUCUGCAAGUCCUGUAAUAUCUCAUUUAAGUACUUACCCUCGUUUAUUGCUCAUAAAAAAUACUACUGCUCCUCCCACGACAGAGAAAGUAUUCCUCACGAGGUGUAGCCAUUGUUUAUUUUACUGACUCUUAAUAUUGAGUUUUGUUUAAAUUGUUCCAAGAAUUCAGUUUUUUAAACUGAAUAUAAACAAUAUUAAUUAUUUUUUAAACAUGAAACUAGGCUGUACAAGUGCAUUUAAUUAAGCCUUCUAGAAAUUAGUCAACUUCCUAAUUUUUUUUUCUCUGGCACAUUACUUGUUAACGCAAGUUGGUUUCGGAAGAUUUUUGAGAUCUCUAACUAAGAUACUUUAUCAGCUGAAUUGGAGAAUUGUUUCCUGCAAAUACUAAAUGUGUUUUUUAUAUACUUCAAAAGUCGAACGUUUUGUAUAUAUGUACAUGUUUUUGAUAUGUGUAAUAUGUGUGCUUAUGUGUUAUAUAAAAGUGUUAUAAGUAUCCCUGGAUAAUUUCUUUCUCUAUGUACAAAAGUACUCUGAUACAUGUGACCGAACUUGUCAAAAUAAUGAUUUCUCAGCAGUAAAGAAAAACUUCGAGUAAUAAGCGAGUAUCAUGCCGCAAUUUAUCAAAGUUUUGAUUUCUGAUUGAUAAUAUUUCUCAAAAGGAUAAUUAGUGAAACUUUAUUAUAUUGUAUC